AUUUUGCGCUCGUAUCUUUUUAACCCUGUUAAGCCAUUUAGGAUACCAAAGAAAAGAAGCCACUCUGUUUGAUACUAAGUAAUAAGCAGCCACAUUAACCUGACAACCAUGGCAAACGGUCUCCCUAAAAGAGACAAGCGUGCCCAGCUCCUGACCCCGCUGUUCAUUGCGAUUCUCUCCUUGACAUUCAGCGCCAAUGCCGAUGUCUAUGACUUUGAUUCCAACGCAGCGCCAGGUUUCCAAAGCCAGAACGACCUGAAUUGGAUCCAGAACGUGAAUGCGUCCGCUGGCUACGGCCCCCAGAUGACCCCAGCCUCGCCGCAAUCCCAGCCCACAGCAGCACCGCAAGCUCCUACGCCCACACCACAAGCCUCUACGCCCACACCACAGGCCUCUACGCCCGCAUCGCCUCAGAAGAACAGCGGGCUCCGCCGCAAUAAUGCCUACGGCAAUUUUGGCUUAGGAUGAUGAUGACUAUGAUGGAUCUCCGCCCCCAGUUGUCAACAUCAUUGGCAUUCCUUCAGCCACCAC